AUUGUCAAAUAUAUAUCGGCUAUGCUAAUAUAGCUGUGUUAAGCUGGCAGUCAAUAAUUAGUUAAUUGUGUUUGGACAAAAGUUUGAAGGUCCAUAACGGCGAUUUUCUCAAAAGAAAUUCUAGUUGAACUUGAAAUGACCUCAAAAAAGCUAUACGAGCGAAAUCUAAUUGAAAAAAACACUGUAUUUAUACACGAAAUAUUUUGGUAGUUUGGUACCACCUGUAAAAACUCUCUUGAUAGAUAUGUAAUGACCGGACAUUUAUGACUGCGGUAAAAAAAAUCUUGGAUCCUUCACUGUAUGCAUUCAUGGUUGACAUGAACGCGACCCUUUAACCCAAAUUUUUAUUGUAAUUUUUAAAUUGAUACACUAGCCUUAUAUAUUUUGACAUAAAUUACUCAAUUAGUUUAUGUUUGAACAUACAACAUUUCUAAAAGAUAUAUAAAAUAAACGGGUCAACCCACAAACCUGCAAGGUCAAUCCGAACACGACCCGUUUAGCUAAAUGUGUUCGCAGGUUCAACCCAUACCCAUUCAACUAAAUCAAAACCUGCGAAUUACAUAUCACACCUCUAGGAAAGAUGAAGUAUGUUUCCAUACCCAUACCCGUUUAGCUAAAUAUGUUCGCAGGUUCCACACAUUUGAAGUCUGUAUGUUUCUGUACGCGAUUCUCAUGCAUUUCAAUUCGUUUCGCACAAACAUGUUACUCUUUACAUAUGUACAACAUUGUAGGACAGUGGGCUGUUACAACAAGUAUAAACUUUUCACUAGCUCAGUUGCUUCAAGUAAUCAUUCUUUUAAGCACGGGUGGCAAAACUGGAGGCGGAUACCUUGCAUCUAAGUACAUAGUUCUUGUCAUCCAUGGUGGUCUUCUUCUUGUACACGCGGUCAUAAACAGCCUCCCGAUCUCGUUUCUAUCCUUCUUUGGACAACUAGCAGCUGUCUGGAACAUUUUAGGUGUCUUUUUUCUGAUGAUUUGCAUACCCAUGGUUGCAAAAGAAAGGGCUAGCGCGGAAUUCGUGUUUACGCAUUUUAACACCGAUAACGAAGCCGGAAUUCAUAGUAAACCGUACAUAUUUCUUGUUGGAUUGCUUAUGAGCCAGUACACAUUGACCGGUUAUGAUGCCUCUGCUCAUAUGUCGGAGGAAACAAAGAGUGCGGAUAUAAACGGGCCAAAAGGAAUUAUUAGUUCAAUUGGAAUAUCUAUAAUUGUUGGAUGGGGCUAUUUGAUUGGAAUAACUUUCGCGGUUACUGAUAUCCCGAGCCUUUUAAGCCCAGAUAAUGACGCUGGUGGUUAUGCCAUUGCUGAGAUGUUUUACCAAGCUUUCAAGAGUCGGUAUGGGAGUGGUACCGGAGGCAUCAUUUGCUUGCUUGUUGUCGCUGUAGCUAUUUUCUUUUGCGCCAUGAGCUCCCUCACAAGUAAUUCCAGGAUGGUAUAUGCAUUUUCAAGAGAUGGUGCAAUGCCGUUGUCAUCGGUAUGGCAUAGAGUUAACCACCAGGAAGUGCCGAUAUACGCUGUUUGGCUCUCGGCCAUUGUAGCAUUCUGUAUGGCCCUCACGUCUCUAGGGAGUAUCGUGGUAUUUCAAGCCAUGACAUCAAUAGCAGUGAUCGGGUUGUACCUAGCCUAUGCACUACCAAUAUUCUUCAGGAUCACAUUGGCUCGUAGAUCAUUUGUGCCUGGGCCUUUCAGUUUAGGCCCAUUUAGUACCAUUAUUGGUUGGAUAGCAGUUCUUUGGGUCGCGACCAUUUCGGUGCUCUUUUCUUUGCCCGUAGCCUACCCAAUUACUGAUCAAACUCUCAACUAUACCCCCGUCGCGGUUGGAGGUCUUUUUAUUAUCGUGGUGUCGUAUUGGAUUGUAAAUGCACGAUACUGGUUUAAAGGCCCCAUAACAAAUGUUAGUACACAUAGCAAUGUAUGAGCAUGUUUGAUGUUA